AUGGCACACAAAGCUGAAACUCCUGCAUAUUGUAUAUUAUUUGUAUUCACGUGGUUUGGAUCAGUGCCUUUGCUGGAGGUCUCAGACCAAUCCUCUGUGACUGUACUCUCUGCUCUAAGGGAAGAAGACACAGCAAAUGAAGGUAGCACUGAUUCUUUGCUCACAAGGGAAACUAUGUUACUUUUUAACAAGAUGAAUACUUAUAAAUGGUUUUCCUCAAUGGAAAAUGAGGACCAUCAUUUUCUACCGGAUAUGAAGAGCUGCCAGGGCCGCCAAAAUCUUACCUCAUGUAACACCUGGAGGACUUGGGAUUCUUCUAGCAAAGCAAGUCAAACAACAGCCUUCCCUAAGGACUCAGGGCUUCUAUAUUCUGGCACUGAUGAUUGGAUUCUCAAUGGCCAGAAUGGAGAAGCGGGAUUUGCAAUAUAA